CAAAAUCAUACAAAAAAUUACAAGAAUGGAUGCGAAACAACAGGGAAGUUUUGAUAUCAAGCAACAACCCAUUUGCAUGGUAGUACUUGGAAUGGCAGGAAGUGGAAAAACAACGUUUGUCAAAAAGUUAGCACAAUUUCAACGGGAAGAUUUCAAUCCUUACAUUGUCAACCUCGAUCCGGCAUGCAAAGAAGUGCCUUAUCCAGUAAAUAUUGAUAUCAGGGAUACUAUUAAUUACAAACAAGUAAUGAAACAAUAUAAUCUUGGUCCAAAUGGCGGCAUUGUAACUGCAUUAAAUCUUUUCUCAACAAAAUUUGACAAAGUUAUUGAAUUGAUUGAGAAAGCUGGAGAGAAGAAUCACAAAUAUUGCGUAUUAGACACUCCAGGCCAAAUUGAAGUGUUCACAUGGUCGGCAUCUGGAACAAUUAUUACUGAAGCGCUUGCUACAAGAUUCCCGACAAUUGUAGUUUAUGUUAUGGAUGUCGUUAGAUCUGCAAGUCCCACAACAUUUAUGUCUAACAUGUUGUAUGCUUGUUCAAUUCUUUACAAAACCAGAUUACCAUUUAUUGUCGUACUCAAUAAGAUUGAUGUUCAAAGUCACGAAUUUGCUAUUGAUUGGAUGAAAGAUUUCGAAAUAUUUCAGGAAGCACUCGAGUCUGAGACAUCUUAUGUCAGCAACUUAACAAGAACAAUGUCAUUGACACUUGAUGAGUUCUAUAAUGAUUUAAAAUCUUGUGGUGUUUCAGCAAAGACAGGAGCAGGUUUCAGCCAUUUUUAUGAACUUGUUGCAGAAGCUGUUCAAGAAUAUCACAAAGAUUAUAAAGUUGAAUAUGAGAAAUUACGCAAAGAGAAAUCUGAAGAAAUUAAAAAAAGAGAAGAACUUGAACUAAAAAAAGCUGGUCAAUCAUCAAAUGCAGAAGUGAAUAUUGCACCACUACUCAAUGAAGUAAACACAGGUCGUGAAAUAUCUGAUAUGUAUCUCAAACAUCCAGCAAAUGAAAGCUCAGAGGAUGAAGAAGGAGUUGAAGAAAAGUUUGUGAGUGUUGGAGAUGAAGAAAUGGAAGAACAAAAUUUUAAAAGCUUUGUAAAGAAACAUAAAGUUUUGCAAAACGAAAAAAUUGAUAAAAAAUAAAAUUUAAAAUAUAUU